AUGCUGCGGUCUUCUCGGUCGGAGCCCGAGCCCGAUGUCAACCUUUGCCUGAUCGACGACAGGCGCUACUCGCAUUUCAUGCAGAUGGAGCACCCCUACGAGAUCGCCUCCCUUAUUGGCCCCUGGAUCAACCGCUUCCUCCCUUCGUCCAAGACACAGUGA